AUGAAGCAGAUCAUCAAGACAGAAAAACUUAAAGUUAUCGACGGCGUCAAAAUCACAGUAAAAGCCCGCAAAGUUACUGUAGAAGGUCCAAGAGGAACUCUCUCAAGAGACUUUAAACACCUCGCCUUAGAUAUCCAAGUUUUAGAUGAUGGAAAGCUUGUCAAGGUAGAUUGCUGGUUCGCCGAUCGCAAGCAAGCAGCUUGUGUGAGAAGUGUAUUAUCCCUAUCAAAAAAAGCCAAAAAUCACAAUAAAUAUUCUAAUAAAAAGACUAAUUCACUACAUAUAAAUAUAUCCGCAAUAGAAAACCUUAUGAUUGGAGUUGUAAAGGGCUUCGAAUACCACAUGAGAUUGGUCUAUGCUCACUUCCCUAUUAAUGUCCACAUCCCUAAUGACCACAAAUCCAUUGAAAUCAGAAACUACAUUGGAGAAAGACAGGUGAGAAGAAUCGCUAUGUUGCAAGGAGUGCUUAUUGAAAAGAGCGACGCCAUGAAGGACGAGCUAAUCUUGAAAGGAAAUGACUUGGAACUUGUAUCGAUGUCUGCUGCACUCAUCCAACAAUCUUGCUCAGUCAAGAAUAAGGAUGUCAGAAAGUUCCUUGAUGGGAUCUAUGUUAGCGAAAGAACAAAUAUAGUUAAAGAAUAA